AUGGCUUACUUACCACGAAAAUGGCGCAAACAUAACCUUUUUUAUAUUCUGAUGGCUAUUGAGCUUCCCAUUACUAUUGUCAUUCUCACAUUCACUGGAAUUGCUUCCCAUGAUCUAUACCGGACCAAAUUAUGGCAAGAUGGAGCAGAUAAUGGCUUCAACAGUUCUCCCGAUGAGAUUCUCUAUGCUGCCGCGAAUUAUAGGCCCUAUAAAGUUCCUAUGGUCUGGGGCUCUUUCAUAACGAAUUACAAUCUAGUCCUUGGUGUUUUGAGCACUUUCAUUUUGAUAACCAAACUCCCUCUCCAUAUCCUACGGAUAUUUUACCCGCCUUUGUCAGUGUUCGUCCACGUGGGACUGUUCAUAGUAUAUAUCGUGUCGGCCAGUUAUCAAGCUGGUUCUGACAAGUCGGAUCCUAAGCAUCUACAAUCAGGCCCGCCAUGGUAUCUUACGAAGUCAUGCAGCGUUGCUUCGAAUAAAGAUAAUAUCGGAUAUUGCCGACAAGCCAAGGCGCUCUUUGGGUUUAGUAUCAUUAUCAUUGUUCUUUAUUUUGUCGAAAUUAUCGUGAGCGCCCACUCCUGCUUCUUGACCGAGGAUGAAAAGGCAGAGCGCGACGAACGCCGUGAAGAAAAGAGAACCAUGAAGGAGUACGAAGAUAUGGUUCUCAAGACCCCCCGAACGUUCCCCAUGAUGAGUCCCGCGCUGCCUUCAGGGAGUGCUACGCAGAUGAUGCCUACCAUGUCGUCACGAAGCCCUGACUUCAGUACCUUCGGGAAUGGAUCGUCAGACCUUCCGCUCCGGGACCAUUUCAGCACACCAAACCCUCGUCCACCAACACAGCAAGAGUCAUCGGAAACCUUGGCACCGGGAAAUCAACCUCAGAUGUACUUUCCGCCACCUCCUAAGAAGGCGGCCAAGGUGUGA